AAAAUUCAACAUUUAAACCACCAAAUCGCAAAAACAAAAUACUUGUAAAUUUAAUUUUGUAUUACUGCUAUGCUUUGUGUGGCUGGUAGCAUAAGACACGAGAUCGUGGGACGCUCUCAGUAGAAGAGAGCUGUUCAUUGCCUUGGCUUUGGCCGUAAUAACACGUCAAAAUAUUUAACGAGUUUUAAAUUCACAAGGAAUUGAUUUAUUUCGUUUUGCAUACAUUUAAUUUAUAAAAUGUGCAUAAAGGUGAAAAAAAAUCUUGAUUAUUGACUUCAAACAGUGCUCUGGAAAUAAAGAGUGUUUAAGGAAAUAUUUAUAACGGACGCUAAAAAGACAUCAGAUAUUAGAAUAAAAAGUUGGCCGGAAUCUAGAGAAUAGUAAAUACAAAAAUGAGUUUUUCCAGUGACGAAGUGAACUUUUUGGUGUACAGAUAUUUACAGGAAAGCGGUUUUGUGCAUUCGGCUUUUGUAUUUGGCGUCGAGUCACACAUUUCACAGAGCAAUAUAAAUGGCGCGUUGGUGCCACCGGCUGCGCUUCUCACAAUUCUUCAAAAAGGCCUAAUGUAUACUGAAGUCGAAUGGAGCGUUGGAGAAGAUGGAGAAGUGGCACGCCCGGUUGAAGGUCUCAGUUUAAUUGAUGCUGUUAUGCCUGAAGUAAAACCCCCAAAACUACCAGCGGUAAAGUCGGAUCCCGGUAAAACGGGUACAGACAGCAGCAGUACUGCUGCAUCCACCACUGCAGGAACUGGGGGAGUUAAAACGGAAGUUAAACCUGACAGCAACACUACCGGCGCUGCAACAAACAACGAGCAAACUCCUGGGGGAAUACCAGCGACAACUGCAGACUCAAAUGAAACAGAUAGCAAUGCUAAUUCAUCUACUGGUACUACUGGAACACCGAAUGCAUCAACAGUUGGAGCUGUCAAUUCUACCGCAGGCUCAAGUAGUGAUGCUGCUGUCACUGGAAAUAAAAAAGCUAACACGACUGAAGGAACUGCCACCAGCUCUAUUUCAACAGACGAUUCCACACCAAAUGCUAGUGCCAAUAGCAAUAAUAGUGCCGGUGCCAAUACCAACGUAAACGAGCCAGUGACACCUAGUGUUCCAGCAACCGGUGCAAAUACGAGCACAAAUAUUCCAAGUACUGGUGCUCCUACUGCUCCUACUGGCAGCACGACUAAUACCUGCCCCACUUCUGGCAGUUCAGAUGUAAUAUCCCAAAUGCAAAUUACUAAUAGCGGCACAACGGCGGGAGCGGGAGAACCCAUGGAUAUUGAUCAAAGCAUUGAGAUACCAGCCUCUAAAGCUACUGUUUUGCGUGGCCAUGAGAGUGAAGUUUUCAUUUGCGCCUGGAACCCCAGUCGGGAUUUGUUAGCAAGUGGAUCUGGUGACAGCACCGCACGCAUUUGGGAUAUGUCUGACGCAACGACUAGCCCGAACCAACUUGUAUUACGUCAUUGCAUACAAAAGGGUGGCGCCGAAGUGCCCAGCAACAAAGAUGUUACUUCAUUGGACUGGAAUUGUGAUGGAACUUUGUUGGCUACCGGCAGCUAUGAUGGAUACGCACGUAUCUGGAAAACAGAUGGUCGCUUGGCAUCUACACUGGGUCAACAUAAGGGUCCAAUAUUUGCGCUAAAAUGGAAUAAACGCGGCAAUUUCAUACUCUCAGCUGGUGUAGAUAAGACAACCAUUAUCUGGGAUGCUUCCACUGGUCAAUGCACUCAGCAGUUUUCUUUUCAUAAUGCUCCAGCACUCGAUGUCGAUUGGCAGACGAAUGUAUCUUUUGCCUCAUGCAGUACUGAUCAGCGUAUUCAUGUGUGCCGCUUGGGUUCAGACGUACCAAUUAAAACAUUCAAAGGUCAUACCAACGAGGUGAACGCUAUAAAAUGGUGUCCACAGGGCCACUUACUUGCUUCUUGCUCUGAUGAUAUGACUCUAAAAAUUUGGAGCAUGAAGCACGACAAAUGUUGUCAUGAUUUGCAAGCACAUUCAAAAGAAAUCUAUACAAUCAAAUGGUCUCCUACUGGACCGGGUACACAAAAUCCCAACACUAAUCUCAUAUUAGCAUCUGCAUCGUUUGAUUCGACUGUACGUCUAUGGGAUGUGGACCGUGGUAGUUGCAUACACACACUUACGAAACAUACAGAACCGGUGUAUUCGGUUGCAUUCAGCCCGGAUGGCAAAUAUUUAGCUUCGGGUAGUUUCGAUAAAUGUGUGCACAUUUGGAGUACUCAAUCCGGGCAGCUAGUACACAGUUAUAAGGGAACAGGUGGAAUAUUCGAGGUGUGUUGGAAUUCCAAAGGAACUAAAGUAGGAGCGAGCGCAUCUGAUGGAAGUGUUUUCGUACUGGAUUUGAGAAAAAUCUAAAACGUAAUAUAAAUUUAAGAGCUAGCUGACACUCGAGCAGUUAUUAUUUUAAGCAAAAAGUAUAUUAACAUUUUUGUUUCAAAACAGAUGAUUAAAAAAAUGCAAAACAUUGUAGCUUUCCCUUGAGUUAAUACGGAUGUUGAAGUUUGUACAAUGUUAAUUGUAUGUAUUUCUAUAUAUUUUGUGUAGUCCCUUCAUGUAAUCAACCCGAAAAUCGUACAUAGCGAGUGUUUCUUAAAUAGUAAACCAGUCAAACUACUGUAAUCCCAUUUACAAUAAUUACUUGAAUACUUCGAACACAAGUAAUUAUAUUUAACUGCUUGACUCAAUAAAUCUUUACAUUUCAGCUUA